AUGACGUUCCUUGAGUUGACCGCUCCCAGCUCCCCCACCCGGGAGUCGGCUGCUACUAUCUCCUCCGAGGACAACAAAAUGGUUGUCCCCACCACUCCAGCUACCGCCACCGCGGAGACUAUCAAUACUACCUCUUCAGAGAUUGAUGUCAACAAUACUGACAAGGUUUUCGAUCAGAUAAUGGCCAACCUGAACGCGAUGCGAGCCAAGGUUCAAGCUCUCGAAUCCGAGAACACCGAGCUCAAGGCUCAAGUUGAGUCCGAGAAGUCUACUAAGGAACAGUUCUCCAAGAACCUUGAUGAGGCCAACAACAACUCGCGCGCAGCUGAACUCGAGGCUGCUACCAAGAUCCAGUCUCUCGAAUCGGAGAAUACGGAGCUCAAGGCUCAAGUCGAGCACGAGAAGUCCAUCAAAGAGCACUAUUCCGACAACCUUGAAGAAGCCAACAACAACUGGCACUCUGCUCAGCUUGAGGCUACUGCCAAGGAUGCCGAGCUUGGUCGUGUUCGCGAGCGUCUCCAACUCGUCGAAGCUCAAGCUGCCGAGCAAGAGCAACUCCAUGCUGUCAAGGAACAGAACAUCGAACUUCAGGCUCGCUUCCGUCUUCAGUUCAUUCUGACCACCCACCAGCACGUACAAACUCUCAAGCAUAUGAUGCAUGACUGGAAGAUGCAGGUGGAGCAGAAGAUUGAUGAUGAUUACGAGAACAACAAGCUCAAGGAGAACGACGCUGAUGCUGUUCUUGACGCUGAGUACGAACGACUCAAGGCUCUCAUUGAAGGUCACGAGUACAUCAUUGCCAACAUCAAGAAGGGCAACGAGAAGUUUGUCGCUCAGAUCAAGCACCUUCGCGAGGCUGAUAAUGUUACUCUGAUCUCCGACCUCACUGCCAAUCGCUUCGAGGCUUUCUUGAAUGAGCGCGAGAAGAUGGAGUUCGACAGCCAGAAGACCGACAACGUCACCGACAACUCGAUUGAGAUUCCCACCGAGACAAAGGAACUCACAAAGGCUGAGAGAAAGGCGGCUAAGAAAACUGCGAAGAAGGCGGCCAAGAAGGCCAAGAAGGCUGAUGCGAAGAAGUAA